CCGAUGGCCGAAGCCCGACGAGAAGAGGAGGAAGAGGGGGAGCGCAGAGAUCUGCGGGACGUGCGGGGCAGAAUCCAGCCAGCAGAUCAUCCAGAGAGAACCAAGCCAGAUCAUUUUCAUUCCAGCCCAGGGCCUCUGUCUUCUAUACGAGCUGCUAUCAAACGAACAAGAACAAACUCUCAGGGUGACAUUACCAGAGACAGAAGGCGACCAGAGAUCACCAUCAUCUCGGCAGAACCUCUGGUCAGCAACAACUGGUUCUCAGGAACUUCUGUGGUUUUUUCACCUCCCCCUCAGUCAGGCUGGUCUGCAGGCAUCCAGACUGUUUCCCAGCCCCCACCAUCCUAUGACCAGGUGAUUAAAGAAACCCAGGAAGAGCACAUUUUAAAGCCCACUGCAGCCCCCCGCCAGUCCACCUGCACCACCACAAGUGCCACACAAACAGACCCCGUGCGGGAAGACGCAGCCGCCACUGUCCCACAGUGCAGUGCAACUCCACCGUCGGCAAAGAAAAGAUCUGCUGGUAAAAAGCCACAAAAACCACCAAGGCCAUCGUUGCCGAAACCAGUGGACAGAGAACCAGCUGCUGUUAGUGUUGGACCCAGUGAUGAGAAGGUUGCAACAAAUACAACAACAUCCACAAACACUGAGGAGCAAUGUGACUCUAAGACUGAUGUAAAAGAAGACAACCAGGCAGAGUCUACUCAAGCAUAUACCAGAUCUGUUACUGUGCACUGGGAUAUUCCUGUAAAACAUACUCCACAGCCUCUUUCUGCCUCUGAUAUCCCUGCUGAAACUACUCCUCCCUCUUCAGACUCAGAGCACAGUCAGCGCCCCGUUCCACUUCCUCGUAUAAAAUCCCGAAAGCAGGCCAAAAUUCAGACUUUGGUCAAACUCAAUGACAACUGUGACAACGUUCAAGUCGCCUCAGUCACUGAUCCAGAGGAUUUCUCCUCAAAUAAGUAUCUGAAGGAAUUGUUGGAGGUCUUUAGUGUAGAUAACGAGUGUGAGGAUAACAGUGAUAACCAAUCAGACGAGGUCUCUCAAGGUGAAGAUGAUAGUGGAGAUAUGAGUUCCAGCCACAGUCAACGAAAUAUCCGGGCAAGAAUCCAGGCCCUCGAGAGCCAAACAGAAAAUGGAAAUGUGGUUGAACCAGCCAAACCAGAACCCCUACCCAGGAAGGCCACAAACAAACCUCCAGUUGCUGCUAAACCUUCCGUAUCUUUUAAGCCUCAGUUAAACCACAGCGUUGAUAAUGACAAUCAAAACGUACCAACCACAAACAUCCCCCAAAGCCCUACACCAGCCCCUAGACCUCUGCCACCCAGGAAACCUGCAGGACUGUCUGUAAAAGAAGAACUAGACACUUUACUCGCUAAGGGACCCGUCCCACACCGGUCACGUCCUUCAUUAUUGACCAGAGCCAACAGCAUCUAUGAGGAGGAACCUUUAGCAGCUCCCCCUACACCCCCAGUGAAGCCUUCCAAGGAACCUCUGAAGCCUAACCUUAACAUUAACAACCACAACUCAACCGUGGUCAGAGGGAAUGAGUGGGUAGACAGUCCAUCAAAUCACAUACCUGUCAAGCCCCAGCGUAAUGUGGAUAACAAUGACGGCUCGUUCACUAGAAAUAGUGUAACAAGGAGACCAACCACCAUCAGGGUUCCCAGCAAAACUGAUAUAUUUUCAGAUCAUGUCCAGGACAGUCCUCCUCCACUUCCUGCUCAGAAGCCCAUAGGCUCCCUGAAUACCUCACUGAAAAAAAGCCUGCCCCCCAUCCCCAACCAGCCCUCUCAGGAGGUUUUCAAUGUUGGACCGGAGCUACCAUCUCAGAAGCUCAGUACAAGCAAAAGCCUCCCACCUCGCCCACCUCCAGCUAAAACAGGCCCUGGAAGACCUCCCCCACCCAACCUGCAGGCCACAGGUCGAUCCCAGUCAAGACCAAAGGAGGCGUCACCUAAGCCCCAGACACAUAAGCCCCACAGGAAAGGACCAGUCUUACCCCCAAGGCCCAACCCAGGCCACCGCCUCUACAACAAAUACACUCUUCAACUUCCCCAUGGAAUCACUGUCUCUGACUACAAUGGGAGCAACACAGGAGAGCUGUCAUUUCAGAAAAACGAAGUGCUUCUGUUACUUGAGGAAAUUGACCACAACACAUUUGAGUGCCAAGUUGGAGAUACCAGAGGUAGAGUCAACAAGUCACGCAUGAAGGUCAUCACUCCUCUUGACUCCGUCUCAAACAUGCCCUCAUCACAGAGUGCCAGUCCAGCUGGUUCAGGUGGAGCUGGGUCUGGGCUGAAGGUUCAGGCCAUACAUGACUUCACACCAGAGGGUCCAGGAGAGCUCAGCCUGCGUGCAGGAGAUAUUGUGAGCAUGGUGGAGCAGGUGGACAGCGAGUGGUACAGAGGCACUUGUAGAGGAUCUACUGGUUUCUUUCCUGUCAAUUACGUCAAUGUCCUGUCAGAUUCACCAAAACCCCUUGUUGAAAGGAAAGCAAAGCCAGCAUCUGCAAGAGUCAGUGGUCCCAGAUGCAUGGCAAGGUUCGACUUUGAGGGCGAGCACAGCGAUGAGCUGUCAUUCACUGAGGGCGAUGUGAUCCAGCUGAAGGAGUACGUGGGACAGGACUGGGCUCGGGGACAGAUCGGAGUCUCGACUGGAAUCUUCCCUCUUAACUUUGUAGAGGUCAUUGAAGAUCUGCCUCCGCCUCCAAGUCAGCAGCAGAUGCAGCCCAACAAGAUAGCGCUGCCUGGCAUGGUUUCCUCUCCUAGUGCCAACCCUAAGGUUGCCAAACCGGCUCAGGCAUCUCAGGCCACUGUGGAGUGGGUGGUGGCUUUGUAUGACUUUUCUGGGAAGUCAGGGAACGAGCUUUCCUUUCAACAGGGCGACUGUAUCCUGAUCACCAAGCAUAUCAACGACGAGUGGAGCUGCGGCAGGCUCAACAACAAAGAGGGCAUGUUCCCAAGGGCUUUUGUUGAGAGCAGCACUGGCCAGCAGUCAUCUAACACGCCGCAGAAUAGAGCUGCUGGUGGAGGGAGAGGCCGGGCUCUGUUCGACUUCACCUCAGACUGUAAUGAAGAACUCUCACUUAAGGUUGGGGACGUUAUCACCAAUCUGGAGUCCAUUGAUGAAGAAUGGUUUCUGGGUGACUUAAGGGGGAAAAGGGCCCUGGUCCCUAAAAACUAUGUAGAAAUACUAGGAUAGAUAUGUGGCUGUCAGUACAAACCGAAGGGGACACUUGUGGAAUGACCAGAACUGAAACGACGCCUAAGGACAAAUGUUUUCCGUUGUGGAAUUUAUAAACAUGAACUUAUUUUAACUAGAAAGCAGUAUUUCAUUUCCAAGUAGUGCAACAUCUGUUUUCUCCUGCAGCAUUAACUUAAAUAGUGUUUAUUGAAUAAUUUACCUUGGUUAUAAAUAAAUAGUGUGAAUCAAGCUGUCAAUUCAAAUUGACUUACAAC